AUGGUUCUGUCUCUGAAUCACCUCCCAGAAGAAAUCCUUCACUCGAUCCUAUGUGCAUCUCCACCCCGAUCUGCCGCUGCCUUACAGCAAACUAGCCACCGAUUUGGGAACGUGACCAGGGAGCCUUUGUUAUGGCGUCACUACUGCGAGACCCAUUUCAGCUCCUGGGAUAAACGACAUGGAAUCUCUCGGAAGCUCACUGAUCCGGUAUCGUCGGUCGACUGGAAAGCACUGUUUGUAUUGAGAUUCAACAUCGACCGUUCCGUCUGUCGACUUCUGGAUAGUAUUCUUGCGAGCCAGACUGGGCGUAUCGAGAAAUUCCGCGCGGUUAUUGAUUUUGGGUUCGAUGCUCAGGACACUCUUGUGUAUCACAGCAGGGUAGAAUCGGGGGAAGAUCACUUGGCUAGAAGGUACUACGCACAAGCGCUUUUGACCUGCCUUCAUCGAAGUAUUGCAGUACCUGAAUGGGCCAAGCUUAGGCGUGGUGAGCCCGUUGCGCUCGAGCGUGCUCUGGCUGCUUUUGAUCUUUUUAUUCCAGAGAGUGGGUUUGGAGACUUAGAUCAGGUUCGGGAUCUAUUGGACGGGGUUGUCGCCCAGUUUUCCAUCUCUCAUUCCGAUAUCACUGUCCUUCGGCCCCGGGAAAGGGCUCUACUACUUGCGUCCUGGCUCCAGGAGAAGGGUCUCACCGGCAUCGAGCCUGGGCGACCAUAUCAUUCUUUGGAGCAUAAUUUUCUAGGGCUAGCUCUGACAAGCCCUGGUCACAAUUCCCUGCCAUUGAUCUCCGCCGUGAUCUAUUGUUAUGCGGCGCAACAGUUGGGAAUGGACGCCCGUCCUUGUGGAUUUCCAUUUCAUGUCCAUGUCAUUAUUUCUCCGCCGCCUGGUCUUGAUAUGAAUGGAAACCCGCUGAUUGGCGAAGAGCCAGGUUCCCCCAUGUAUCUUGAUCCGUUCCGAGGGGCACGGGAGACCCCGGUUUCUGAUUUACGCGAUCAGUUGGUCUUUCUUGGUGCCACGGAUGCCGAUCAAGCAGAAUUCCUGGGUGGAUCGCUACCCUCGCAAAUCGUCUUGCGCUGCAGCAAAAAUAUCCUGAAUUCCAUUCACUCUACAUCUCAUAGUCCCAACAUUCCGGCCACCUCGAUGGAUGUGGUAGGUGCUAAGUACGCUGCCCUGUGGUCGUCAAUACUUCUCUCCGGGGACUCUAGGCCCAUGGACCUGAGGCACCAGUUACCCUGGUUAAUGGAGUUAUUCGCUACCGACUUUCCAUCUGAUAUCUUCUUGGUAGAACAGCACAUUGUACCACUUUUUCGUGGACUGUUCGAGCACGAGCAUAUCUUAGAGAGUCUUCAUGUCAUGCGAGCGGUGGAUGAGAUUCCCAAACAGGUUCGACGACGGUCCAGUGCGAAGAAAGAUAUACGAUACAAAGUAGGCCAGGUUUUCCAACACCGUCGUUACCAUUACCGGGCCAUCAUCACUGGGUGGGACUCGGAGUGUGGUGCGGGGGAGCAAUGGAUGCAACGCAUGGGAAUUGAUCGUUUGCAAGCGGGCCGACAUCAAAGCUUCUACCAUGUUCUUGUCGAGGAUCGAAGUGUGCGAUACGUUGCUGAGGAGAAUAUCGAGCUCAUCCUGCCGCAAAUGAUAGAGCUACCGCCAAGCCUGACGACCAUCGCGGGCAAGCAUUUCAAACGAUGGGAUGAGACUACGCGGUCAUUCGUUAGUAACGUGCGUGAUGAGUAUCCAGAUGACUAG